AUGGGAUUACCUUCCAAUGGUCUACCUGUGAAGUUAACAGAGUCCGUAGAUGAAAUUACAAACCUAUGUGAUGAACUUUCGGUGAAGAAUAAAUUUGUUCCGUUCACAUCUCUGAAAUCUUAUCUGCUUGAAACAAAAGAUGCUGGAACUGAAUUUAAAAGGAAAUUUGUCUUAUACAUCAUUGGAGCCCUCUUGUGCCCCACCACAAAGGCAGGAGUACACCAAUCAUUCAUUCAAAUGGUUAAAAAUGUUGAGUCCAUCAGUCAAUUCAAUUGGGCAAAGCACACACUUGAUUUUCUUGUCGAUCGCAUUGCUAUUGCCAAGGUCAAAGAGCGGUCUGCUAUGUGCGGCUGUUUGCUUCUUCUAAUGUUAUUUUACUUGGAACAAUUUGCUCGCAAAAGGGAGUUGGUGGCUACUUCCAACUCCAUUCCUCGCUUAUCCUAUUGGGGCAAUUCAGAAAUUAAGCAGGGUUUGAAUCAAAUUAAAGCUUUGGGAGGAUAUUUAAAUGUUGAGGUGGCUUUGCCUAACAUUGUUGAAAAGUCCAAUGCAGCAACUCUUAGCCAGGGAAGAAUUGACAAGAAUGAUGACUCCCGAUUGUCUAGAGGUGAAUUGAAAUGGAAGUAG